UCACGUCUAUCGCAGCACCCUAAACUACUAAGAUGGGAGCGCCACGAAAAAGUCGCGGUGCUGGGGACCGGGUCCCUGAGGGCAACGACGAUGUCGCCCUCAAACCCUGGAUGCUCAGGUUUAAGACUGAACUUGACGACGAUGAUGAGGACAUCAAGGUUUUCAUGAAGCAGGAGGAUCAGGACGUCAGGGCCAAUGACGGAGCUAAUAAUAUAGAGGCCAAUAUUGAGGCCGCUGCAGAUGGAGGCAAUAAUAACCCCAUUAUAAUUGAGGAGGAGAACCCCGAUCGAAGUAAUAUUAACGGCAGCAACCACGAAAAAGGUCAUGGCUUAAGGGCACAAGACGCGCCACCGGCCAAUAAGGAAGCAGCUGAUGAGGAGCUUGAGCGUAUCGUGAUGGCUAUUGAUGGGCGACAUUGCGACAAAUAUAAGUGGUUCAUAGAACGCUAUAUACGUCAGAUCCAUGAGCCUCAUGAAAUCUUGUCAAAACAACUUUACUAUCGACGUGUCAUGGGAAAGCACAAGACAAUCCAGAUCCGAGCUGACCCUAAAGGCAGGGAGAGAUGGGUUGUGAAAGGUAUGCGACCGGGUGCCUGCAAAAGACUAGACUAUGAGGCUACGCGAGCUCACUACACGGCUCGUAAUACAGCUCGCUCAUUAGACUGGUCAGCCCAUAAGAAGCGGGUGCCUGCCGACCGACUCGGUGCUAUCCUUGCAGAAGUAACUGCAGCCUACGACUGGCCCGAGAUAGUCACGACCGAGAAUGUGGAUCAUAUCCUCACUAUAGAUGAUAUUCGGGACAUAAGCGCCUACGAUGGACACCGGGGCCUUACCAUUGGCGCAUUUCCUCCUCCUAAUAGGGUCUCUGUCGAGUCUGAAUUGGGUGAUAUCUACAAUGCCGAGCCUGCUGUAAUUGGCAGCCGAGAGCCGCAAGUUUCUCAACGCGGUGUCUUACAGCCACUUUCAUCCCUUAGUUCCACCCUGUCCCCUGGAAACCCCCAUCCUUCAGCCUCAUUACUCGCCCGGCCCGAAAGAGCCUUAUAUAAAAGGGGUUAUCAGAAUGAUGGCCAGGAGGAGCAUGGUGAAAAAAGGCAGCGCUUAAAUAAUGAGCGUGAAGGUCACCCGCAAGAUAGCCAACGCCAGGAUGAGAAAGGGGCGAGGCUUGAGGCCCUACAUCAAGAGUUCAUGAAGGAAAUGGCCGACAUUUCUAGCGCCUAUCAUCGUCGCCGACUAGAGAUUGAGAUGGAAUUCUCAUCUUUUAUAUAAAGGUAUAUCCAACGUGAGCGCUUGAGCCUAAUUUCGCUUGGUCUCUUUCAUCUAUAUGGCACACUUCCUUCACUUCAAACACUAGUUUAAAAAGGAGACUCUUCUCUUAUACCAAAGAUGGAAAUUCAAUAGGGUUAAGUUUAUGAGACUUUGAUGAGAUGAGGCACGGAUAGGUGCAGACAUAAAGAGGCCGAGGAAGGUUACAGGUUGAGAUGACUUUUACUGCGAUGAAUUUUUUAUUGCGAAGACUUUAUAGUAGAUGCAAGCAUCUCACACUUAUUGUGAGAUCUUACUUUUAAGUAACCCAAAACACAAAAAACCAAUAAACAAAAACCAAAAUUCAUAAUAACUCUUCUUAAACCGUGUCUUUACUAAGUGUGAAUAAUUAAAGUGAAGGGACAUUUAGAGGUCUCCCUUUUAUCUGAUUACAGUUAUUUGCAGAUAUCGUGACUUGGCAUAAUUGAAUUCCUCGGUAGAGCAUUCAAUUGUUUUAAGAAUUUCGGGAUAAACCGGCCCCACAGUGGAUCGGACCAGGUCGGGAGUAGAGGCCGUCCCAUGUCCGAAGAUCAUCAGAGAGCGGUAAGAUUUA